AUGAACAGUUACAGAUAUAUUUACAAACUUCCAACCGCUGUUAACUAUGAAGUUAUGAUGAUCUGCUCUGUCUACUAUUAUAUUGCGGUGCUGUGUUUUAGCCUUUCUAGCGUGAAAGCAGAUUCGCUACGUUACUAUUACGACUACGAAUGUAACGAACCUCUUCUAGAGACGGCCAAAUUGACCGCAACCUCCAGUUUACGGGAGAGGGGACCGGAUAAUGCUAAAUUGUAUGGUUCACACAUGGUAUAA